CCCUCUCUGUCCUUCUACUUUCCUUCCUUUUCUUCUCCAAGUUUCCAUGAACCUGACCAAAACUUUCUAAGCUUAAGAUCCGUCAAUAACAGGAAACGAAACGCAAGAAAAUUCAAGCCACCUGUUUCUAUACAUACAAAAACCACACGCAUACAUAUAAAAACACACACAAACACACAUAUAUAAACAAAACAAAUCCUACGAAUUUUACAAAAACUUGGGCAAGGAUCAACGCUUCCGUGGUCGUGUCUUCAUCUUUGGUCAACACUAUCUCUUUUACCAUUCCUACAAAUAUACAUAGAUACAUAUAUAUUAUUUGUGUAUAUAUAUAUAUAUAUAUAUAUAUAAUGGAAGUUAUGUAUCUUAGUCAGAUAAACGAAACAACUCAUUUUGUGUUGUUGAAUGGAUUCAGUGUGUAGUUCUUCUACGAUCUCAACUCUCAGGUUGCGUGGCUCUGAUCGUUCUAAUUCGAAGUCAACCAGUUCGAAUUCAAGGACCGGUCUUGUGAGUUUCGCUUCGCAAAACGGAAUGGCACUCUCUGUCAAUUCUCAGAAGAAGAUCCUUACCGGUGACGCCGGUUAUGUUCUUCAAGACGUUCCUCAUUUCACUGAUUACAUUGCUGAUCUUCCUACUUAUCCCAAUCCAUUGCAAGACAAUCCUGCAUACUCGGUUGUUAAGCAAUAUUUUGUCGAUGUUGAUGACACUGUUCCGCAAAAGGUCGUUGUUCAAAUGAAUAGUCCAAGAGGAAUUCAUUUCCGACGUGCCGGACCACGUCAAAAGGUGUAUUUUGAUUCGGAUGAAGUACAUGCAUGCAUCGUGACAUGUGGGGGCUUAUGCCCUGGUCUCAACACAGUAAUUAGGGAACUAGUAUGUGGCCUGUACCAUAUGUAUGGUGUAAAAAAGGUUCUGGGGAUAGAUGGAGGAUACAAGGGUUUCUACUCUCGAAAUACCAUCAACUUAACACCCAAGGUUGUGAAUGAUAUUCACAAACGUGGUGGAACAAUACUUGGGACGUCACGAGGUGGCCAUGAUACUAUAAAAAUAGUCGACAGCAUUCAGGACCGGGGUAUUAAUCAGGUUUACAUUAUUGGAGGAGAUGGAACUCAGAAAGGAGCAUCUGUUAUCUAUGAGGAAAUUAGGAGGCGCAAUUUGAAAGUUGCAGUUGUUGGAAUACCCAAAACUAUUGAUAAUGACAUUCCGGUUAUUGACAGGUCAUUUGGCUUUGAUACGGCUGUUGAGGAAGCCCAACGUGCCAUUAACGCAGCGCAUGUUGAAGCCACAAGUAUUGAGAAUGGCCUUGGUCUUGUGAAACUAAUGGGUCGCUACAGUGGGUUUAUUGCAAUGCAUGCUACUCUUGCUAGCCGAGAUGUCGACUGCUGCUUGAUUCCAGAGUCACCUUUUUUUCUCGAAGGACCAGGCGGACUUUUUGAAUAUAUAGAGAAUCGAUUCAAAGAAAAUGGUCAUAUGGUUCUUGUCAUUGCUGAAGGUGCAGGGCAGGAACUUCUUUCUGAGAGUUUGCGUUCUAGUGACAAGGAGGAUGCUUCCGGAAAUAAGGUUCUCCAAGAUGUUGGGCUGUGGAUAUCUCAAAGAAUCAAGGAUCAUUUCUCAAAACGAAAGAUACCCAUCAAUCUCAAAUAUAUAGAUCCUACAUACAUGAUCCGUGCUAUUCCAAGCAAUGCAUCUGACAACGUGUACUGCACACUUCUGGCUCAAAGUGCUGUUCAUGGAGCAAUGGCAGGAUACACAGGAUAUACAAGUGGACUUGUCAAUGGCAGACAGACUUACAUACCUUUCUAUCGAAUUAAUGAGAAACAGAACUACGUUGUGAUCACAGACAGGAUGUGGGCUAGGCUCCUCUCCUCCACUAAUCAACCCAGCUUUUUGAGUCAAAAAGAUGUUAUUGAAUUCAACAAAGCGGUAGCCCCAGCAACUCAAUUGCUGGACGAUGGUCCUUCGGAUGACAAGUCGGUCGAAGAGAUUAAGUUGCUAUGAGGGUGACAUUGUUAUUCUUGCUACUGUUAUUAUUUAGCCUACAAUAUCAGUGGCCAUCUCGCUUUAAGUUCAUUCCAUGUGCCUUGAUUCUUGUUGUUUUCUAGUAUGUAAGGUAUAUUAAACCGUCGUUUGCUCCUUUUAAAGUUCAUGCAGAAAGUUCACUUAUUUGAAUCUUCAUCUCCGGGAAUAUGGUGUAUUGUUGUAAUGAGAAUGGUUGGGAACAAUCAAUUUGUCUGUUUUAUAUAUGCUUAUGUUAUGCA